ACCGGUUCACCUCGCUGUCACCGCCUCACAGAGCUGCACCACUCACCGUCUCAAGUCCGGGGGCUGUUCUUCCUGGUCGAGGCUAUCGGGCGCUGACUUGAACUCCUCCGGUUGUUGUGGAGGGGGUUAACGGUUUUUACGGAGCUAACCAGACAUUAGCAGGUGAUGAGCAGGGGCCCUGUGUCUUCUGGAUGCUCAGCUAAGGUUACCGACAGGGCACGCCGCUUAACAGCACCGACACGCUCUGCUCUCAGCCUGUAAACUAACCCGACGGCACUCCGAGGAGCACAGAACCCCCGCCGCUGGUCCGGACCGAGACUUCAUGCGAGCUGCCCCGCGAGUUGGACAAAGUAGCUAGCUAGCUAACGCUCGGCGUGCACUUUGAAGUACAAGCAAGCCAGCAGGACAGCCGUCAGCUCCUCUUUUUUUGUUUGUUUGUUUUUUUGGUUUUUUUUUUUGUUGCGAUGGGUUUACUGUCACAGGGCUCUCCGCUCAACUGGGAAGAAACCAAGAAGUAUGCCGACCACAUCAGAAAGCACGGUAUCAUCCAGUUCCUCAACAUCUACAACAAGGUGAAGGAGCGGCAGAAAGAUGUGCUCAAGUGGGGCGAUGAGGUGGAGUACAUGUUGGUGGAGUUGGACGACAAGGAUGAGAAGGUACGAAUCGUCCUGAACGGCGGAGAUGUUUUGGAAACUCUCCAAGACCAGGGUGAAAAGAUAAACCCCAACCACCCCACGCUUUGGAGACCAGAGUACGGCAGCUACAUGAUCGAAGGAACUCCAGGACAGCCGUACGGAGGGACAAUGUCAGAGUUCAACACUGUGGAGGGCAACAUGGGGAAACGACGACGAGAGGCGUCGUCUGUCCUGAACCAAAAUGAAACCCUGUGCACCAUCACCGCAUUCCCAAGGUUAGGUUGCCCAGGUUUCACCAGACCAGAGUACCGGCCGACUCCUGUUGAAAAGGGAGUGUCAAAGUCACUGUUUUUCCCAGACGAAGCCAUCAACAGACACCCAAGAUUCAGCACCCUUACCAGAAACAUACGUCACAGAAGAGGAGAGAAAGUUGCAAUAAAUGUGCCAAUCUUCAAAGACAAGUGCACUCCAUCUCCAUUUGUGGAAGAGUUUCCUGAGGACGAUGGCGAAGCAGCGAGAGCGGCUCUGCCCGACCACAUCUACAUGGAUGCUAUGGGCUUUGGCAUGGGCAACUGCUGCCUGCAGGUGACAUUCCAGGCUUGCAGCAUUGAUGAGGCAAGGUAUCUUUAUGACCAACUAGCAACAUUCUGCCCCAUCGUGAUGGCGUUGAGUGCAGCCUCACCCUUCUACAGAGGCUACGUGUCAGAUAUCGAUUGCCGCUGGGGAGUUAUUUCUGCCUCGGUGGAUGACCGAACACCAGAGGAACGUGGGCUGAAGCCCUUGAAAAACAACAAAUACAGGAUCUUCAAGUCAAGAUAUGACUCAAUCGACAGCUACCUGUCAAGCUGUGGCGAGAAGUACAACGACAUUGAUCUGACAAUAGACGAGGAGAUCUACAAGCAGCUGCUCGGUGGAGGAAUUGACAAGCUUCUGGCCCAACACAUAGCACACCUCUUCAUCCGAGACCCGCUCUCUGUCUUCGAGGAGAAGAUACACUUGGAUGAUGAAAACGAGUCGGAUCACUUUGAGAACCUCCAAUCAACCAACUGGCAGACGAUGAGGUUUAAACCUCCACCUCCAAAUUCGGACAUCGGCUGGAGAGUGGAGUUCCGACCCAUGGAGGUGCAACUAACUGACUUUGAAAACGCUGCGUACGUGGUCUUUGUCGUCCUGCUCACCAGAGUGAUCUUGUCCUACAAAUUGGACUUCCUGAUCCCGUUGUCAAAGGUUGAUGAAAACAUGAAGGUCGCGCAAAAGAGAAACGCUGUCCAGGAGGGCAUGUUUUACUUCCGGAAGGACAUCUUUAAAGGCUGCAACCCAGGCCUUGAUGGCACUGCUUCUGCUCAGAAUGGUUUGGAGACCGACUGUGGCAAUGAGGAGUACACACUGAUGAGCAUCGACACUAUCAUCAAUGGAAAGGAGGGAGUUUUUCAAGGCCUCAUCCCAAUCCUGAACUGCUAUCUGGAAAACAUGGAAGUUGAUGUGGACACCAGGUGCACCAUUUUGAAUUAUCUGAAGCUCAUCAAGAAACGUGCCUCAGGCGAACUGAUGACCAUGGCCAAGUGGAUGAGGGAGUUUGUUGCAAAGCAUCCGCAGUACAAGCAGGACAGCGUCCUAACUGACAAGAUCAACUACGACUUUUUCAGAAAGUGCGACAGGAUUGCAAAAGGUGAAGAGCAGUGCCCCGAGCUCAUCGGAAACCCAGUAAACAAGUUCAAAUGAGAAAACGCUGUAGAAAUGCAUUAUCAUUACGCAAACACGCAUGUAAAGAAAGACCAAAUGUGGUGUAGAACGAAGAGGUCCAAUUGUAAGAGAAUGCAAAACAGCAUGUGUGAGUUGUAAAGAAACACACCUGCAUCAAAUAUAUGUAUAUAUACUGUAUGAGAUUUUUAUGAUUACACAAUUAUUUUAAUAGGAUUAAGACAUGCAAAGAGUUGUGUAAUAGAGAAUCAGAUGUGUAUUUAUUUUUGUCUGGAAAUUAAGCAUAUCUGUGUGAGAAUGUAAAUGUAGCAAAGAGGUGUACAUUAGUCUGCUUUUAAUCUUGUGUUCUGUAAAUACUGUACUUCUGCUUUUCAAAACAUUAACAACCUUUCUUCUUUUCUUAUCGUUUUAUUUGCUGGUUAUGAGCUUUCUACUUGUUUGUUUGAGAUCCUUUAUUUCGCUUUUAAGAGAAAUGUUUGCUUUGCUCUGCUGACAUUGUAGUGGGACCUUUUAAAGUAGUGUUGCAUUCAAGCGGAAGUGGUGAACCAUUGAUUGCAAUGUGAUGCUGUUUCAAAAUAAAUCUGUACAACAGUAA